AAGUACUUACAGACAUGUUACUGAAACGUAUAUCGCAGUCGAUUACUGUGUGAAUAAAAAGGCUGUUUAAAAACAUUCAGAAUAUAAAAAAGUGAAUUUCUUAACAAAAGUAUAGAAAUUUUAUUUCUUGUUGUAUCUACCUAUCUGGUGCUGUGCUGUACUUAAGUACAAACAUGGAAGCAGAAAAGGACCGUCUGAAGGCUACCCUUGAUCUGGAAGAACCAACUGAAGAUUUAAUGGAAUGGGCAAAGGAUAAUAUUAACGAAGAUCCAGAUAAAAGUGAUCAAAUCGUAUCUGACUUCAGGGAUAUGAUUUUUGCAAAAGGGGAAUGCACUCCGCAUAGGACUGACGAUGCUUUUUUGCUGCAAUUUUUGAGAGCACGGCAUUUCAUCGUUGGGAAAGCACACCGACUGAUGGUAAAUUAUUAUAAAUUUAAGGAAUCCAACCCACAAUAUUUUAAGGAAGUAAAACUAGAACGAGUACGCGAACUAGCCAGGAACCACAUAAUAAGUGUUCCGCCAUACAAGGACCAAUUAGGAAGGAGGCUUAUGAUACAAAGAAUGGGAAUUUGGAAACCUUCAGAGUUCACAACAGACGAACUGUUUCAACUGACCAUAGGAAUCCUAGAGGUGGCUUUAAUGGAGCCCCAGUUCCAGAUAAAAGGUGGCGUAAUGAUAUUUGACCUCAGCGAGUUGUCCAUCAGUCAAGCGUGGUACAUGACCCCGACUAUUGCAAAUCAUAUUAUCCAAGUCGCUCUGACGAGUAUGCCAAUACGAAUAGAGGGCAUCCACAUACUGUACCAAUCCUGGGUAUUCGAAAUAGCUUACAACUUCAUCCAGCCACUUAUAAAUGAAGGGGUUAAGGACAGGAUCGUAUUCCACGGGGACGACUUGGAAAGUUUGCACUCACACGUAGAUCCCAAACAUUUGCCCAAGAGAUACGGAGGUGUCCAUAUUGAUUAUCCUGUUGAUAUCUGGUUCGAGGACUGGGUGAAACAUGACGAUCGCAUCAUUCAGAACCUUGUCGAUUUAGGAUACGAUGACAUGGAGAGGUUGAAAGAAGAUAGAGAAGAGGAGAAGUGAUAGUUAAACUUAGGAAAUUAUUCUUGUGCCUGGUGUUCUAGUCCAUUUUAUAAGAUUUUAUAAAUAUUUUUUAUUGAAAUAAUAUAGUUUUCAGGUGAA